AUGGAUAAGACGUGGAUUUGGCUUCCAAGGAAUAGCCACGAGUAUUCAGAAGGAGCAACUAAUUUCGUGAAUUCGUCAGCAAGAAGAUUGGGAAGUCUUCUUGACAUGCUAUGCCCUUGUAGAGACUGCCGCAAUCUGAGCCAUCAGUCACUGGAUAAAAUUGUGGAGCAUUUGGUGAUUAGGGGUAUGGAUAAGAAGUAUAAGAGUUCUCGUUGGAGUAUUCAUGGUGAAAAAAGAGAUUCUGCAGAAGACAGUGUACUUCAAUGUGAAACAGAGGCAUUUGAUUUGUUUAAGACAGCAUUCUCCAUGGACGAAGGUGGUCCAAACCCGACAACUGACAACGAAGAUGAUGAAGCACCAGAGGAACUUGAGUUUACAAAAAAGCUAAGAGAUGCUCAAACGCCAUUAUACUCGGGUUGUCUCAAGCACACAAAGGUUUCAGCUAUCAUGGGACUUUACAGAUUCAAGGUUAAAAGUGGUGUGUCGGAGAACUACUUUGAUCAGCUGUUGGUUUUACUUGAGGAUUUGCUACCUGAAGACAAUGUUCUUCCCAAGAGUUUAGCUGCAAUCAAGAAAUUUCUGAAGAUCUUUGGGUUCGGCUACGACAAUAUCCAUGCUUGCAAGAAUGAUUGCAUACUGUAUAGGAAGGAGUACGAGAACCUACAAAGCUGUCCAAGAUGCAAAGUUUCAAGAUGGGAAAUGGAUAAGCACAGUAAUGAGAUAAAGGUGGGGAUUCCGGCAAAGGUCCUAAGAUAUUUUCCAAUCAAGGACAGGUUUAGGAGGAUGUUUAGAUCAAAGAGGAUGGCUGAAGAUCUGCGUUGGCACUAUACCAAUGCCACUGAAGACGGUACAAUGCGGCACCCCGUUGAUUCUAUCUCUUGGGCACAAGUGAAUGCUAAAUGGCCAGACUUUGCUGCUGAUCCACGGAAUCUUCGACUUGGGAUUUCCACAGAUGGGAUGAACCCUUUCUCCAUGCAAAGCACCAAUCACAGCACAUGGCCAGUGUUGUUAGUGAACUAUAACACGCCUCCAACCAUGUGUAUGAAGGCUGAGAAUAUAAUGUUGACUUUGUUGAUCCCUGGUCCUACUGCUCCUGGUAAUAACAUAGAUGUUUACCUAGCACCACUGAUAGACGAUCUAAAAGAUUUGUGGGCUGAGGGUAUUGAAGUGUAUGACUCAUUUGCGAAGGAGAAUUUUAAUCUCAGAGCCUUGCUGCUUUGGAGUAUCAGUGACUAUCCAGCCUUAGGAACACUGUCUGGAUGUAAAGUAAAGGGGAAACAAGCCUGCAAUGUAUGCGGAAAGGAUACACCUGCAAGGUGGCUUAAGUUUAGCCGCAAGUUUGUCUACAUGGGUAACAGAAGGAGACUACCGCCUGGCCAUCGUUACAGAUAUAAAAAAGCUUGGUUUGACAACACUGUGGAGGAAAGAAGGAAAAAAAAAAGGAAAAGACUAGAGUUGGAAGAUGAUGAGAGGGUAGUGGAAGAAGAGUGUGAUGAAUCAAAUGAACUAUGGCGGUGGAAGAAGAGAUCAAUAUUCUUUGAUCUACCUUACUGGAAGGAGUUACCUGUUCGUCACAAUAUUGAUGUUAUGCACGUAGAAAAGAAUGUGUCUGAUGCUAUAUUGUCUCUGUUGAUGCAAAGUGCGAAGUCAAAAGAUGGGUUGAAAGCAAGAAAAGACUUAGAAGAUAUUGGAAUCAGAAAGCACUUGCACACAGAGGUGAGGGGAAAGAAAACAUACUUACCUCCUGCUGCCUACUGGUUAUCGAAGAAAGAGAAGACCAUUUUUUGCCAAAGGUUAGCUAAGUUUAGAGGUCCUGAUGGUUAUUGUGGUAAUAUUGCGAAUUGUGUUUCAGUUAACCCUCCAAAUAUUGGUAGUUUAAAGUCGCAUGAUCAUCAUGUCCUAGUACAGAACUUGUUACCAGCUGCAUUAAGAGGGUUGUUACAUAGGGGUCCUAGGAUAGCCAUAAAUAGAUUAUGCAGUUACUUCAAUAGGUUGUGUCAGCGCAUCAUUGACCCAGAGAAACUUAUAUCCAUGGAAACAGAGUUUGUGGAAACAAUGUGUCAGCUGGAGCGCUUCUUCCCUCCAGCCCUUUUUGAUAUCAUGUUUCACCUACCAAUACAUCUAUCAAAAGAGGCACGCUUGGGAGGAUCAGUUCACUUCCGCUGGAUGUAUCCCUUUGAAAGGUACAUGAAAACACUAAAGGCUUUUGUGAAGAAUUAUGCAAGGCCAGAAGCAUGUAUGGCUGAGGCGUAUUUGGCUGGAGAAUGCGUUGCAUUCUGUUUAGAGUUCCUUAAAGAUUCAGUACCAGUUCAAGAAGCAGUUAAUCGUAAUGAAGAUGUCGAGACUGACACAAUGGUGGUUGAAGGCCGACCUCUGCAGAAGGGUAUAGAGGUUACCCUUUCAGAUAAAGAUAGAGACAUUGCACAUCGCUAUGUGCUAAUCAACAUGGCAUCUUUGGAUCCAUUUCUUGAGCAUUUGGAAGAGUUGCAAGCAAAGGAUGCUCGAUUGGCUAGAAAUGAAACUUUGUUAUGGAAAUACCAUACUGACCACUUUGCAGAAUGGCUUAAAAAUAAGAUUCAUUCAGACUCAACAGAUAGUCAUUCUAAGGAGAUAAGGUGGUUGGCAUUUGGGCCAAGAAAUGUUGCUUUAGCACAUAAAGGAUUCAUCAUCAAUGGCCAACGGUUUCAUACUGAUGCGGUCAAGCUGAAGACACAAAACAGUGGAGUAACUUAUGAAGCCUUUAGCAUGUGUAGAUCAAGUGCUCGAGAUAUGAGACAGGUCGCGGAUAUGAUUACAUACUAUGGAGUGAUAAAGGAGAUUUUGGUCAUCGACUAUCACAUGUUCAAAGUGCCACUCUUUAGAUGCAACUGGGCAAACACAGCGAAUGGUGUGAAGGAAGAAGAUGGCUUCACUCUUGUUAACCUUCAUAUGAACCAAGCAGCCUAUUUGAAAGAUCCAUUCAUUCUACCUUCUCAAGCAAAACAGGUUUUCUACUCUAGGGAGGAUGAUGCUUCAAAUUGGUAUGUUGUUAUGAGAGCACCACCUAGAGGUUAUCAUGAGUUGGAAACAGAAGAGGAUUUAGGUGGUGCUCCUUUACCUGUCCAAGAAGUUGAUGAUAUGGGUGAUGAAGCUUCAGAUGAUGAUAGUCCGUCUCAAGGCGAUACAACGCCGAGAGUGGCGAUACAACGCCGAGAGUGGCGAUACAACGCCGAGAGUAGCACACGUGCUGUGCUUUAA